AUGGACCCUGUGAAUCAGCUGGCCUCUUCGGGGACCUUUCGGGUACUGAAGGAGCCUCUCGCUUUCCUUCGAGCUCUGGAAUGGCUUUUUGCAAUCUUUGCAUUUGCAACAUGUGGUGGCUAUUCUGGCGCACUGAGGUUGAGCGUGGAUUGUGCCAACAAAACCGAGAGUGACCUCAGCAUUGACAUAGAUUUUGGCUAUCCUUUCAGGUUGCAUCAGGUGACUUUUGAGGUGCCCACCUGUGAGGGGAAACGGCGUGAGAAGCUUGCUUUGAUAGGUGACUUCUCCUCUUCAGCUGAAUUCUUUGUCACCAUUGCCGUGUUCGCCUUCCUCUAUUCACUGGCUGCCACCGUCGUUUACAUUUUCUUCCAGAACAAGUAUCGUGAAAAUAACAGAGGCCCACUCAUUGAUUUCAUCGUCACAGUAGUCUUCUCAUUUCUGUGGCUGGUUGGUUCAUCCGCUUGGGCAAAAGGACUUUCUGACGUCAAGGUAGCAACAGAUCCAAAGGAAGUCUUGUUGCUGGUGUCAGCUUGUAAACAACAGUCCAACAAGUGCUUGGCUGUCCACAGCCCCGUUAUGUCGAGUUUGAAUACUUCUGUGGUGUUCGGUUUCUUGAAUUUUGUUCUCUGGGCAGGAAACAUCUGGUUUGUUUUUAAGGAGACUGGAUGGCAUUCUUCCGGCCAGAGGCAUCUCUCCGAGUCAAUGGAGAAGCAAUCCAGCAGCUACAGCCAUGGUGGAUACAACCGAGACAGCUACGGGCCAAGUGGUGGGUAUAACCAACCGGCAAAUCUGGGGCAAUCUGCCGAGGAAUUUGGCCAGCAGCCUAGUGGCCCAACUUCCUUUACCAAUCAGAUUUAA